CUGCUCGAGGGGGCAGCUCCGCGCCGGGGCCGUUGGCUCCAGACAAAUAAACAUGGAGUCCAUCUUCCACGAGAAAAUGGGGUCUCAAUAUGUAGGUGACUCACGGAGAUACACCUAUCUUGGACUCCUGAGUGCUGGGAUUAAAGCAAGAAGGCUCACUUUGUGCUCAGCAUUGCCUGAAUAAUCUAUUGCAAGGGGAAUAUUUUAGCCCUGUGGAGCUAUCCUCUAUUGCACACCAGCUUGAUGAAGAAGAAAGGAUAAGAAUGGCAGAAGGAGGAGUUACCAGUGAAGACUACCGCACAUUCUUACAGCAGCCUUCUGGAAAUAUGGACGACAGUGGCUUUUUCUCUAUCCAGGUUAUAAGCAAUGCCUUGAAAGUUUGGGGUUUAGAACUAAUCCUAUUCAACAGUCCAGAGUACCAGAGGCUCAGAAUUGAUCCUAUAAAUGAAAGAUCCUUUAUAUGCAAUUAUAAAGAACACUGGUUUACAGUUAGAAAAUUAGGAAAACAGUGGUUUAACUUGAAUUCUCUCCUGACGGGUCCAGAAUUAAUAUCAGAUACGUACCUCGCACUAUUCUUGGCUCAGUUACAGCAAGAAGGUUAUUCUAUAUUUGUUGUUAAGGGGGAUCUGCCAGACUGCGAAGCUGACCAACUUUUGCAGAUGAUCAAGGUCCAACAGAUGCAUCGACCAAAACUUAUUGGAGAAGAAUUGGCGCAACUGAAAGAACAGAGUGUUCUUAAAGCAGAUCUGGAACGAGUCCUAGAGGCGGCUGACGGGGCUGGGGUGUUGGAUGAAGAUGAGGAUGAUUUGCAGAGGGCUCUCGCGAUAAGUCGCCAGGAAAUCGACAUGGAGGAUGAAGAAGCUGAUCUCCGCAGGGCCAUUCAGCUCAGCAUGCAAGGUAGUUCCAGAAAUAUGUCUCAAGAUAGUCCACAGACGUCAAGUACCAAUCUUACUUCAGAAGAGCUGCGGAAGAGGAGAGAAGCCUACUUUGAAAAGCAACAACAGCCUCAACAUCAGCAGGAGAUAGACCAACCUAGGCAGCUUUCUUACCCUUGUGAAAGACCGACCACAAGUUCAGGAGGACUUGGGAACAACCAAGCAGGUGAUGAUGCGAGAGAAGAAGACAUGCUUCGGGCAGCUGUGACCAUGUCUUUAGAAACUGCUAAAGAUAAUUUGAAAGCUGAAAGAAAAAAAUAAUACCUUUAAAAUCAUUUUGCUACUCUUGCUUUCUAACAUUGUCUGUGUGAUUACAGUGUAAAGUCCAUUUUGGCAGCGGGUCCCUGGAAGAGAUGUGACCCUUCGGUGGUUUACAAGCAAAUGAUAGAAAGCCAGAAACAUGUCAUAGGACUGAGUACUGAUCAGACACUAGCCAAAGAGCAGUCAGCAGCUAAAGAAAUUUAAGGUAGUUUUCUAAAUGUCCCUUUUUGUUUUUCAAGUGUGCAAUAUCUAACUGAAAUUAGGGAGUUUUUCUUGGCUCUUUGUGGACCAACUAAUUAGCUCUUGCAUUGGACUUGAUCUUGAAUUUUGUUUUUAUUUCUCUCAGCAUUGGAAGUGGCUUGGCUCACUUGAACUUCUGUUUCAUAUUAGGCCAACUUUCUAUGGAAAGUUGUCUUGUCUGUCUUGUUACAGAAAGCUAACGCUGUCAUUUUGUGUGUGUGUGUGUGUGUGUGUGUGUGUGUGUGUGUGUGUGUGUAGGGCACGCGGAUGCUUCCUUGGGGUAUUCUGGUUUUGGUUGUUUCCCCACAACUCAACAUGGCAGUCUGUCCUGAGCUUUGCCUUUUGAAGGCCUCUCACUUCAGUGUGUUUUUAUACUCUGAAGUCAGCACUGCUCGAGUAUUGAGUCUAGAUGAACUGGGUUUUGUGCGAGCAUGUGCUUUCUGGAUGCUUUGUGAAAGUUUUCAGUUUUGUCCUGGCUGACAUCUGGAGUCCUACCUGCACCAUAUUUCCUUUCUUUUUUGGUUGAGGAAAGGAGAAGCGUAGAGUGCAAGCACAUUUCCUUCUUACUUAGAAGUGACGCCAUGAAUGGACUGCAGGAGAAACUUGGCCUUCAGUGUUGGUGGCAGCUUUGUUUUAGUUUUUUCUUUUGUGACAGUAGCUUUGUGUUUAUUUACAAUAAGUCCUGGAAUAUAGGUGCCAGCUUCAUUUUUUAAAAAGUAUAAUAUAGCCUGCCAGAAUGGUGGUCUAGAAUUGAAAGUAAUCUACUAAUGAAAAUAUAUAAAUGUACUGUGGGUUGACCCUUCCAAUCAUGUUUAAAUUGUCAAGAAUUACAGCAGUCACAGUGGUCCUGUCUGUAGAUUUAAAAAGGCCUUAGUUUUGAUAAACAUUCUUUAAUUGAGAUGCACAGAGUCUUUCUGGGUCACUACAUUGGUAUGAUUUGGGUAAAAAUUAAUUUGGGUAAAAAUGUGUCUCAUGGGUGUUAUGGAUCCUGGUAUCUGCCCGCCCGCUCUCCCUCCCUCCCUCCCUCCCUC